GCCUCUCAGUGCGACUCCACUGAAAACACACUGACUGACACACUUUAUAACAACUCUGCUGGUUUAAUUUGACUUUAUAUCGGCCCAGGCGUCCUCCAGCAAGACCACGGCUCCUUCGUACCUGAAAUAUUGGGGAGACAUUAAAGAGAGUUCGAGCUGAAAACCAUGAGUCACCUCAACCUAGGACUUCUUUCAGCCUACAACAGUCUCACAGACAAACAUCUGGCUGGAUACUUCAGCAACACUCGGAUCAAGAGACACCUGCAGAGAGCAGGACUGAUCACCAGGAGUGGGCGUAUUGUUCCAGACAAGGAAUACAGACACAGGCUGAUCCAGAGAGCCCACCAGAGACACAUUCGAGAAUGCCUGGCCCAGGCCAUUUUCCACAAGGUGCUGGAGAUGGAGCGUGUCCAUCAAAUAGAGAUCAAAAGGAAACUGGAGGAGUUUGCAAGGAGGGAAAGAGUACAUAAGAUCAAAGUGGAGCGCUCUAAAAGGUAUGAAGAAGACAUCAUCCGUAUCCUGUCUCCACGUCCACCCACGGGGGCCAGGGGUAUCCGAAAACAACACUCUGGCCCGGAGGGUGAGAACUCUGAAUCCUCGGAGUCCCCGGGCUCGUCUCGACCCAACACGGCUCCAGGGAAGAUGCAGAGGCCGGUGCGUCUGAAGCCGAUCCACAGUAACAGCACCACAGCUUCGCUCAGACGCAGCGCCCCUUACAGACUCCUCAAGUCCUCCAAUGAGAACGACCAGCCGUUCAACUGCACUAUGGACAAGGAGUCCCGGAGACGUUUGACCACAGCGGAGCCCUACCGUGGCAUCUCACCCUACUGCCUCCCAGUCAUCAACAACUUUGUCACCCCGGUGCCUCCAGCCACGAAGAGGAAAGAGAGGGGGGUAAAGGUCCCUCCCAGCGGCACGCUCAGAGGCCGCAGACUGCGUCCUACCACCGCCCCCAGCGGAGCUGACGUCAAUGAGGACCCCCCCAUGUUGAGGAGCUCUGUGCACCAGAGCAGGGUGUGUGUGAACAUGAUUUACUUUGGCAAAGCAGUGCAUCUCUCCCACGACCUGACUGACAUGACGGAUGAGGUCAAAGUGUUUCAGCAACAUUGUGGAGGAGAGAACCUGUGUGUUUUCAAGGGAAAGCUCCGCGAGGGAGAGACUUUCCAGUUCAUUUCAAGGCGACACCGAGGUUUCCCCUUCAGCUUGACUUUCUUCCUGAACGGGCUGCAGGUGGAGCGGCUGAGCUCCUGCUGCGAGUUCAAACACAGAAAGGGCCCCAGACUCGGUGGCAGGCACGGACACUUUGGCUUCUGCGGCGUAGAGGGGGCCUCUCCCUGCUACAAGUGCAUCAUAGCAAUGGGACUGGACAAGAAGCCCACUCCUCCACCAAAGAGGGUCAGAGAGGAUGAAGGAAGAGAAGAGUCAGUCUUAAGCCCAAAGGAUGGUGCUGAGAUGGAGACAGAGAGGACAGGAGACGAUGCUUCAUCCCACUCAGAGUGUAAAAGCAGCCAACCACAGGACGUGAAGACUCAAGUCAAAAAAGAAACAGCUGAGGAGGACAAAGUCAGAGAUGAUUAUGAGGAAGACUUUGAAGCAGAUGACGAGGGCCCUGCAGACGAUGACAGGGCAAAAGAAAAGAAAUCCUCCUCUCCAUCCCGCGUAACUGAAAGGCAGGUUAAAGAGGAGAGAGACGCCUCUGAGACUGAAGACGACGAGAAGGAUGAGGACAUGAAGUCCCGUUCAGGCUCCAGCUUCUCAGGAAGCGACCGGGAGGAGAGUGAUGCGGAAGCCACCAAAGACUCAGGAGAGGAUGAGAAAGCAGAGCAACCUGAAGAGGUAGAUCAAGAGGAAACUGCCAUUCUACCAGAUGAAAAAAACGAUGAACCAAAUCAAGAAGAAGCCGCUGCCACUGAGGCUGAGCCUGAGGUGCCUAAAUACUCUGAGGUACAGGAUAGUGCGGGGGACAGCACAGAGAUAGACAACAGCGUCACCUCAGGGAAUGAGAAUAAACAGAGUGACGACACCUCAGGAGAGAAAGAGGUGGAGAAAACGGUAGAUGAGAGCAAACAGGAGUUGGAACAGGAGAGGGCCAAAUCUGUGCAGGAGAAGCUGGCAGAAGCCAUACUGAAUGAGUCCCAGUGCAACUCCGAGCCCGAGCUGAGCGACACCAGCACUGAGGAGGAGGAGUCCAUCGAUAAAGGCCCUGAUCAAGACAGCAAGGAUGCUGUUGCAGUACAAUCGGUGACAUUUACAGAACAGGAACAGACCCUUGUAGGGGAAACGAAAUGUGAGGAAGAUGUUGUUUGUGAAGCUGAAGUGGUGCAGGAUCAUGAAGAGACGUCUGAACCAAGAGGACAGGAUGACGAAACUCAACAAGAGCCCCAAGAAGAGAAGAUGGAAAUAGAAGAUGGAGAUGAAAAGGCUGCAUCAGAAGAAGACAAAAACACAGAAAAUGGUAAGUCAGAGGACACCGAAGACACCGGUGCAGCUCUGCAUCCUGUAUCUGAAGAGGAAAUGGCUGAUGAUGACAAGAGUUCAGAACCUCAAGAAGAUGCAGCAACUAAAUCUGCUGAGGGCGAGGCUGCAGAGAAAGACGAAGAAAGCGAGGAGAAAACUGCAGCGGAGGCUGACACGCAGCCCGGCGAGACGGGGCGAGGGGCAAAAAGCAGCGAGGAGGAUGAGUCAUCAGUAUCAGAGCCGAAUAGAAAGACUGAUGAGACAGCAGCCCCAGAUGAUGCGGAGGCGAUGAGAGCGAGCGAGACAAUGGAGAUGAAAGCAGAGCCCUCAGAGGAGCGAGAGGCCCUCAACUAUGAAGAGGCACCUGUAACCGACACAGAGAAGAGGCAGCAGGAAGACAGCGAGGACAGAGACGCAGUAGUCACAGCAGAGAAUUCGAGCAGCUCGUUGGAGGGGAGCGGAGACACCGCCGUUGAAAAAAUAGCAGAUAUAAGUGAGGACGAUGCAAAAGAUGAGAGCAGUAAAGAUGGUGUUGAAGAAGAGGAAGUGUCAGCAGUAGAGGCUAGUAAGGAUGACAAUCAACAAGAAAGGGAUGAUCUGGGAGAAGAGCAGACAGACGAAUCACCUGCGGAAAUAGAUGAUAAGGUAGAAGAGAAAUGUGAAGAGGAAGGUAAGGAGGAAGAAAAGCAAACAAAUCCAGAUGAAAUAACGGAAGGUGAAAAUAGAGAGGAAAGCGAAAAGGAUGAUAAAGAUGAGACAGAAGAGGAAGAGAAUGAGAGUAAGACAGCAGAAAGGAUAGAAAACGAGGACAGCAUUUCAGAGUUGACUAAAAGUGAAGAACAAGCUGAGAAAACCCACAGUGAAGAAGAUGAAGUUGCAACUGAAGAGAAGGCAGACGAGUCAGGAAAGACCGAGAGAGACGAAGACAGCGAAUGUGUCGGUAAUAAAAAUGACGAGCAACAAUCUGAAGAAAAGGGAGCCGCAACUGAUGAAACUAAUGAGGCUGAAAAGAUGAACACGGCUGCUGAUGGAGAAAAGGAUGAUGAAGCGGAACAGGAAGAGAAAGAUCAGAAGGAGGACGAGGAUGAGAAGGUUGCGAAGAAUGAAGGCGAUGAAGAAUCUCAAGAGACAAAAGUUGAUGAGACUGCAGAGGGAGAAGAAAUAUCUGAGAUAACAGAGGAAUCGGAGAAAAGUGCAGAUGCAGACUUGGAUAUAGAUGUGAAAAUACCUGAUGAAAAUACUGCUGAGUCAGAGGACGUCGCUGACAGUGAAGCAGCAGAUGUAGCACAUGGGACUGAAACGGCUGAAGAGACGCCAAGCGACGUGAUGGAGGCUGAAGAUGUUGAGAAAGAAACCGAAGGAGGAAGUGAAAACAGUGAAAAGGGGGAAGUUGAUGUUGAAAAUGGAGAGAUUUCUACCGUAGCAGCGGACAAAACCUGUGAGGAUGAGGGAGAGGCUCAAACCGAGGGCAAAGAGGACGUGAAAACGGCAGAGGACACCGAAGACGAGAGAACGACAGAGGAGCCUGCAGCGGGCGAGAGCACAGAGGUAAAAGAAGUGACUGUCGAUUCUGAAGAUGGGGCCGAAAACCAUGACGACGACAACGUCGAUGAGGCUCCUGACACCGAUGUGGUACAAAGUGACGCUAAGGAAGGGGAUGGCAGCGUGGAAAAGCAAAAUGAAUCUACUAAAAAUGACUCCGAGCCGGAGACAGCUGAUGGGGAAUUGAAAGAGGAAUCUGAAUUAGAUGACAUAAAGGACGGGGAGGAAACGGAACAAGAUGAAAAAGAAAACCUACCUGACCCUGAUCGUGAAAACAGAGAAUCCGAUUUGAUUGAAACGAGUGACGACAUCCAGAGUACUGCCAAUGAGGUGGUAGUCGCUUCUUCGGGGGAUCGGGCACAAUCUUUAACCCCCGCAGCUGUGGAUUCAGACGAUACAGCUCACAAGUUGGACGAGUCCACUGCACCAUCUGACGCUGAGACUGACAGACACCCACACGCUGACGAAAACGCUGCUGCUGAGCUCUCUGCCGCCGAUGGAGAAAACGGAGCCGACACGGAGGAGGCGAGCAAGGCCUCGGAGGAAGGAGCGAGUGUGCUGCUCAAACCUCCCGCACAGGCAUCGCAGCUCACGCAAAACGAUGAUAACACAGAAGAGGGCGCCGCAGUAGGUAAAGAAACUCCAGAGGCCUUAGCGAGAGAAGACAACAGGGAGCUGGUCACAAACUGGAUAACCACGCAUCAAACAUCCAAGUAUUUUGAGACGUUUGUCGAACCUUUAGAAGACUUGAAGGAAUCGACUUCGGACGCUCAAGUAUCUGACGCUAACGAAGAAGUGACACAAUCUACAGAGCUGCCGAGAUCAGAGAGUCCACUUAACAUGGCGGAGACGCCUGGAAAUGCAGAAGAAGAUGUCAGUGAGUCAAUGGACAAAAGCAAAGGAGAAGCUGUGGUGUCAAACCUUGAGAGCAAUCACUCUGAAGAUGGCGAACCGUGCGAGAAAGACACGCUGCAAGUGGAGGAGGAGACCAAGGAAGAAAUCUUGGUAGCAAAAACAGAGAGCGAACGAAAUGAUAAAGAGUCUGUGAACGGGCAAGACGUGAGGUCAGGGGAGCACAAAGGAAGCAGAGGAUCUGUGGACGAAGACAGGGCGCAAGAGGGUUUAACGCAGGACAGCUCUGAGCAAGCUGACAUUUCCAAAACCGAAGUGGAAAGCAUUGCAGACACUCAUCACUCAGUAACCAGCGGAAGACCUGAGAGUGUCCCCGAGAACCAAACUGAGGAGGAAACCACAGAUACAGGUCCAGAGUUGAACAAAAAACAAACCGCAGCGGAAGAGGUGAAAGGUCUUUUGCCUUCAUCCGGAACAGAAGAGCAGCACGAGCACCCGACGAGCCCGGGGGGGCUCUCGGAAUCGAACGAAGCGAAAGAUACCGAAGAAACGUGGGGGAAAAGUGAGGAACAAAGUCGAGAAGUCACCGAAAUAACUGAUUUCACGACGUCCAAGUCAGACGACGGGAGCCAGGAGGGGUCCCACCAUGAAGACAUCCAACCCAAACCGUCAGACGAGAGCGUCAACGGAGACAGAAGAGACGUGCAGCUGAUCCAAGACAUCAAACACACUCUGAGUAAAGACCGGCUGAGCACUUUCUCAGUGGAUGAAACACUGUUCGCGCAAAGUUCGUAUCCUGUGCUGAGCGCUGCGAGGACAGAGAGUGGACAUUAGAGCUGCACCCUUCAGAGGAGCAUUAAGAGGCCCCUCAAGUGUCUCGUGGUUUCUGUGUUUACAUUACAAUGGCUUCCUAAAUCGUCUUCAUCCUUCAAUCACCAAAAAGAAGAAGCUGCACGAUGAGUUUUGACUGCUGCAUAAAAUGUUUACAGUAGCCCAUCUCUUGCUAUUGUUGUUACCAAAGAGGCGUAGUUUGUGUGAGGUAUCCAUUGCAGCUGCUAUCACCUACUGUAUUACCUGUAAACAGAUACUCUUCCACUCCCGCUCACAAGUGAUUCAAUAAUUCAUAGUUGUUGGACUCCCAGUUCGUCGGUAAAGCACACUUUACAUUUGCACUGAUGUUACAGUAGUUUAGCUUGCACUGUGUCUGCGUCUUAUUGACAGCGUUAGUGCUUUAACACAAGUAUUUAUUGAGAUGACAUCUAGACACUAAUGCAGCUAAACAACAGGAAUGCUAACCUUAGCUAAUGUGGAUGAUUAAUUCAUCAUUAGGCUACCAAUUAGUCGAAUAAAACAGUGGUAACAUUGUGACGUGUUAAAUCUAGGCACUGAGUUGUGUCAUUGCUGCUAACACUACCUCUCAUUAAAAGAAAUAUACUAAAUGUUUA